UUACAGAUUUUGUUGAACCGCAAUCUGCAGCUGCACCCGCGUCACUUCGGUGCCAACUUGCGCAACACCAUCAUCCAGAAACUACACACCGAAGUCGAGGGCACCUGCUCCGGGCGCUAUGGCUUCAUCAUCAUGGUGACUUCGAUAGCGACGGUGGGCCUGGGAAAGAUCAACGACGGCACAGGGAUGGUGACUUUCCCGGUGGCCUACAGGGCCAUCGUGUUCCGCCCCUUCAAGGGCGAAGUCGUCGACGCCGUCGUCACCCAGGUCAACAAGAUGGGCUUCAUGGCCGAGGUCGGCCCGUUGCAGGUCUUCGUCUCCAAGCACUUGAUCCCAACGGACAUGACGUUCGACCCAACAGAACACUGCUUCGCGUCAGAGGACGAGUCCGUCAAGAUCUCGAAGGACGACGAGUUCGCUAUUGGGUCAAUCAAGGAGGACUACCUGGGUCUCAUCAGCUGA